AUGGACGCCAUUGGUGCAGGAGUGGAAUUGCCCAGGAGGAAGAUUCUUCGGCCAAAAAGGUUCCGGGAUGGAGGGGAGCAGGGGGAGUUGUUGUUAGGAACCACGUGGAAGAGGAAGGUGAGGUAUCUUUUGCAGGAGGAGAGGAACACCAAACGUCCCGUGCUGGGAAGGGUUGGGAAAGUAGUGAGGAGAAUCGGUGCGACGCCGCAGGAUUGCGGAAGAUUUCCAGAUGACGGCAGAGGGGUUACGGAAGGUGGCGAGGAACAAGGGAAGUGCGCGGAGGGGGUUUGGGGGCGAGGCUGGGCAAGAGGGGGUUGCAAUACACAUCUGAGAGGUAGUGGCCGACCGAGAUACGUGCAGGACGCUUUGAGACCCAGGUAUGGCGGUGGUCUGCAAGAUUGGGAGUACAAUGGCCAUGAUGAUGAUUUUUAUGAGGAUGCUUAUUGUGAUGGGGACUAUUGUGAAGAGGGUGAGGGUUGUAGUUAUGAUCUGAGGAAGUCGCAUAGGCCUUGGCAAAGGAGGCCUAGGUGGAUGAACCAACAAGAUAACAUGUACAGUCAUAAUUUUGGUUGUGCAAGUUUCUUUUUCAGGAAUAGGGUGGAGGAGGAGAGUUGGAGACAAUGGAGAAAGGAGAGGAUGGGACAGCAGAUAGGAGACGGGAGUCGGAUUAAAAAUCAGCAGGCAGCCACUUCAUCUGCAUCUCAUACGGUGGGGGAGGAGAGGAAUGCUGGAGUGUACACGCAGGAGGCUGCAUUGGGAACAAGUGUACUGUGCCCAUUGACGCGGGGUGCUAAGAAAACCCUGGAGUUCCUGCUUAGUUUGGAGGAGCCGAUAUCGGCAAGUUGUCCCGCAUUAAUAGGCGCAACUGCGCUCAGUUUGGAACAAGAGGUGGGAAGGAUUAAGCAGCGGUGGGCGCAGCUCUACGGAAGUACAAAGAGUUCCCUGUGUUGCCAGUGCCCUUAAUAAUUGGGAUUUUUCCAGCAACUAACUGCUGGGAAAUUUGCACAACCGCAACUGUGGUAGUGGAUGUAAAUGUCCCCUAGCUUUACACUAUUUAAUGUCUACAUAAAAUAUCUCUUUAAAAGCAAACAAUAUGGCAGCUCUAAUGUACAAAUGUAAAUAUACAGAAAUUAAAAUUUCUAUGGACACAUAGGUGACUUGGAACUAAUUUAUCUGGCACAAUGUAGCCCUGCAUUAAUGUGUGACUGCUACACAAUAGAUGCUGACCAGAACAUUCCCAUCUGAUUUCUUCCUGCAUCAUCGUUUUACCCUUUAAAUUUUGAUAUUCAGCUGUCCAAAAAAUAGGUUGUUUCAAAGCAAGGAAUUUAUUUCAUUUAUUACAUCUGCCAGCACAACACUGGCAGAGAAUUCACAUAUUUUCUUGCUUUUCCUGAAGAUUCAUUUCCCUGCCGAUGAUACAUUAAAAUUCUCUUUCUAUUGAUACUAAA